AGAGAGAGAGAGAGAGAGGCGGCGUGUAGCGACAAGAGGAGGAGAAACCUCCAGCAGGUCCUCUCUUCUCGUAGCCGGCAGUGUGUCACUCACCAACAGAACUUGGACUUAUUUCGACCAGGGUUCGGAUUGUGACGCCGCCGCCGCCGACCGACCCCGAACGAACGAACGAACGAACGAACGUACGAACGCGGAAGAUGUUCUUGUGUCUGCUCCCCGUCGUGGCCGUGCUGCUGAGCACGCAGUCCGCAGUGUCUGGCAGCAGCAACGACAAGCGCUCCAAGGACAGAUCCUGGAACAGAUACAGAGACGAUGACUACUUCAAAAGCUGGGCUCCCGCCAGGUCCCUAGACCAAGAGCGGGAGACAAAGCCUGGAAGAUAUGGACACCCAGGGACCAAAACCCACACUGGUUCUGGCAAGAAGAUGGUACAGGAUGGUCCUGACACCACCAAGGAGCCGUGCCUGAAAGUGCGCUGCCCCCUUCAUAAGGUGUGUGUCAGCCAUGACUACCAAACAGCCAUCUGCACCAAUCGCAAGCAGCCAACUCACAGCGUGAAGGCCCGCAAAGGCAGCUCGGGCCACAAGCGUAGGCUGGAAGCGGGCACUCGCGGGAACUGCAAACUGUGUUCAGCCCCCCCUUCAAACGCAGUGUGUGGCUCCGAUGGACACACCUACUCCUCCAAGUGUAAGCUGGAGUUCCAGAGCUGCCUCACGGGAAAGAUCAUCUCAGUGAAAUGUGAUGGACAAUGCCCGUGCUUGCCUGGGCAACUUCUCGGCAAAACACCAUUGAAAAGCGACAAGACUGUGUGCACGGACACACAGCUCCACAGUUUGGCUGCCAGACUCAAGGACUGGUUUGGAGUUCUCCAUCUGGAUGCCAACAGAGACCUGAAACCCGCUGACAGCUCUGAGUCAGCCGCCGGACACUUUGACACGAGCAUCUUGCCCAUCUGCAAAGACUCUCUGGGAUGGAUGUUCAACAAACUGGACGUGAACUUCGACCUGCUGCUCGGCGAGUCCGAGCUGAGCGCCAUCUACGUGGACAAGUACGAGCUGUGCAUGAAGCCGCUCUUCAACUCCUGCGACUCCUUCAAGGACGGCAAGCUGUCCAACAAUGAGUGGUGCUACUGCUUCCAGAAGCCGGAGGGAUUGCCUUGCCAAGCUGAGAAGAGCAGGAUGCAGAAUCCCAGUCGAAGGAAGAGCCUCAUAGGGUCCUAUAUUCCUCGCUGUACUGAAGAGGGCUACUUUAAAUCAACCCAGUGUCACGGCAGCACUGGACAGUGUUGGUGUGUGGACAAGUAUGGCAACGAGAUCGCCGGCUCCAGGAAGCAAGGCAACCCAAACUGCGAUGAGGACGAGGAGACAUCGGGAGAUUUCGGCAGCGGCGGAGCGGUCAUCCUCCUCGACGACCGAGAGGAGGAAGCCUCACAGGCUCGGCAGAAGAAGAGACGGGGCCGGAUCCACCCCCGGGAAAUCGCCGAAGAUGACGACGACGAGGAAGACGACAAGGAUGAUGAGAUGGGCUACAUUUGGUAACUCCGCCCCCUUCGGUUCUCACGCUGUCAUCGGCCAACCGGGAAAAGUCCAGCACAGAUUUGAAGCCAUUCCAGCGUCUCUUCCAGUGGCCGUGACAGCAGUCCAUCUUUUAAUCGAACUUGCUCCUGUAAACGCCGUCCCUCAUCUGUAUCCCUCUCGCCGGUGGACCUCAUGCUUUCUUCUCUUCACACGGAGAGGAAACGGAAAGCCGUUUUACGUUUCAGCAAUCCCAAGGCUCAAGCUCGAGCCCCCUUAUUUUCUCCUUCCACCUGCAAUGUGCAAUUAUUAACAUCUUCAAACAUGGACUAACAUUUCUAUUUUAUCUCAGUGGCCUCUCUCUUAGCCCGGUCCGAUUGCCCCAAAUACAAAAGUAAAUGUAUUGGAUGUAAAUAUGAACAGAGUAGUCCACAUUGUAGAUUACUACAUUAUUCUUUCAUUCUGUCCGUGUUCAACAAUGUUCCUUGCAAAUCCACGCAUUCCAAGAUGUCUCUCUCUCUCCCUCUCUCUCUCUCUCUCUCUCUCUCUCUCUCUGUUAUUUCAUGGAAGAAAAAUAAAUUAUUUAACUGUUGAUCUUGAAUGUCCAGAAAGACCAGGUAGCAAUGAGAUUUAAUGAUGUGUCGUCGUUGUUGUUGCAUGUUUCUCAUCGUGUUCCUGUAAAAGAGAGAUUUACCUGGCUCGGGUCAAGCUCUAUGCAUCUCAAAACAGAACGUGACGCUGAUUUGGCUGCUACAAUACUAUGUUGCUGUGUUGAUGCUGUUUAGUGUCUUUUCGGUUAUUCUCCCAAUCUCAGGAGGUAGGAGGUUGCAUUGCACAGCGAUAGAAGUGGAUGCAAGCACGAGUGUCCUGACAGCGAUUUGUUAUAUCACCGAUGGGUGAGCUAGGACUCGAGAGACGGUGCACGGACACUAAAGAAGGUGCUGCCCCUGAGCUGGGAGGAGCUACGAAGUCGUGGGCGCGACGUAGAGGCUUUGUUCUGCCUCCCGACGCCAUGUCAACCAAGUGAACCUUUUCUUUGUUAAUUUGACAAUUUAAGUAAAGUUGCACUUUGGGUGUCUUUUGAACCUUA